CUAGGCUUAUCUUCAAAGAUGACAGGAGUGGUACCACCGCAGCGUCGUGGUGCGAAAUAGCAAAUAACAUAACAGUAUUUAUGAUUUAGUUCAUAUAAGUCAUCACUGUGUGUUCAUAUAUUAGUCCUUUUUAAAUUAAAAGCAACAUUUCUUCGAGUUUUUCGAGCAUUAAAUGGAGGAGAAGAGGGAAGACGGAGACUCGGAGAUACAGGAACACGGACCCGAGCACUGGUUCUCAAAAUGGGAGCGGCAGUGUUUGGCCGAAGCGGAGCAGAGGGAGCUGAGCGAGGAAGAGGCCGACAACGAGCAGGAUAAACUGUGGCAUCUCUUCCAGAACUCCGCCACCGCGGUGGCACAGUUAUACAAAGACAGAGUAUGCCAUCAGCAGGGCCUGUCAUUGUGGGUGCCAUUUCAGAAUGCUGCUACAGCAGUCACCAACCUUUACAAAGAGAGCGUGGACGCCCAUCAGAGAAGCUUUGAUCGGGGCAUACAGGCGGGGCAUCAGCGUCGUAAUAAGGACAUGUUGGCUUGGGUGAAAAAGCGUCGGAGAACGAUCCGUCGGGAGGAUCUUAUCAGCUUCCUGUGCGGCAAAGCACCACCACACAGAAGUAGCAGGGCUAACCCUCGCCUGAGCAUGGUGGCCCCCAGCCGGGCAAAUUCACCGACAGAGACGGGCUCGUCCGUGGAAGCAGACCUCCAGCCCUUCAGAGAGGCCAUAGCACUGCAUGGUCUGAGCGGAGCCAUGGCGAGCAUCAGCGUGCGCUCCGGCGCUCCCGGUUCUCCCACACACGUGAGCGGGAGCAGCAGCAACGCAGGCGGUGCGAGCGGAGGCGGCUCCUCGGGCUCGGGGCCGGUGUGCCGCAGCCGGCGCAACGGCCUCCAGGACGUCGAUCUGAACACUUUCAUUGCCGAGGAGAUGGCGCUGCAUCUGGACUCCACAGGCUCCGCCUCCGCCGGAGGGGGAGGAACCAGGAAACGAAACUCCACCCAGUGCAGUGACGUCAUCACGGACUCGCCGACGCACAAACGCAACCGGGUGAUCUGACCUGCCGCCUGCCUGUGCGCGAAGGGCGGGGGGAGUCGGCUUCAAUGCCAGCGAUAGGAGAGAGGGAUAGAUGGGCUUACAUGGGACAGAUGUACAGGCCGACGCUCGACGCUGAAAAUAAAAACGGGGACUGAAGGUCUUCAGGUUGGUCUGCCUGGUGAUUGAAGUCAGCUGCUUGUUUCCUUUCCCAGCACAGUUCUACAAAUCACUGAUGUACAAUCAGAACUCUUGACGAGUGUGUGUUGUCGGGUAGAUGGCCGGGAACCCCGGACAUCGUCACACAUUCCUCAGGCCUCGCUGCCCCGGAAAGGAGACAACAGAGACCAUCACCGACGAACGGCUGGACAUGCACUGUGCUGCUCGACGAGAUAAAGCCACUUGAUCUUUGACACGUGUGUGCCCUUCCCUCCUGUAAACCUCACUCAUCCUCACCCACCACCUUAAUAAGGAAGUGAGGGCCAUGAUCAAAUCGUUUCGCUCAGAGGAUUAAGUUGCUCGCCAAACGGGUGAUCCGACUCUGCCAGAGACUCACCCCCCCCCCCCCCCCCCCCCCCCCUUCCCCUCCUUCCCCCCCUCGUUUCAAACUCCUUCUUCUUUCUGUUACUUCAUCAUUGCAGCUCAGAGUGGAUGUUGCCCAUCAGCGGUGGCGCUCAAUCACCUAGCCGGAGUCCAUGCGUGUCUUCGCCCCUUGUAGCCAGGUUUCACUUUCUUUUGGCCACCGAGUUGAAGGCAUCAAACUACCAAUAGCAGGCUGGUGUUAUUUAGACGUUCAGAUCUUAUUUUCUGAUAUGACUGCUCUGCCUCUACAGUGGCUCGAUUCACUUCAGCCCCUGCUUUUUUUUUUUUUUUUUUUUUUUUUGUUCUCAGUUCUAUAGCCACCAGUGUUAAAUCAUAGAUUUGUUGCCACUUUUUGCAGCUGCAGUAGCCAAGUUAAUUUAGCUUUUUUUUCCCCCCCCCUCUCGACUUUGUUUUUGUUGUUCAGGAAUCAAAAGGAAAUACGUUUUGUUUUGACCGUUUUGCAGUCCGUUCCGACUGCAGCACCCUUUUUCUCGCUUUACACUAUCAUGAAAGCAGCUGCUGUUUUGUGGACGUGAUGAUUCUGAUGAGUUGCAAUAAGGAUUUUUUGCACUUAGCUUUCACCUCUAACUCAUGCAAACAAAUCAGCUCUUCCAUUGUAUUCCAGGUGUAGCCUUGCCCAGCCCGAAACAAGUCCACUCCGUUGGUCCGUUCCACACGGCCAGCAGUGAGAGAGAUACCGUAAAACACUUGCUGUGAUGAAAGGAGUCCUAGCACACAUCUCUUAAAGUAUUAGAUCGCGUUUCAAAGACUCUGUUGACUCAGCUGCUGGUUAUUGGAAGAUAAUCAGGGCUCUAGCCAGCGCUUAAUCACAGAAGUACUGCGAGAACCAAACAUAUUGGAUGAUUACCCAGACACUGCUUUGUGCAGAAAGAUGUUUGUAUUAAUAAGAAGUAGGUUUGUGGUUCAGACUAAUUACUAGACGUAUUUCAGUGAGAAAGGAUCAGCUAUGAAUCUGAAAAGCAGCGUAACCUGUUACUGUACCCAUGAAUGUUCAGUUUUUUUUAUGGGUACAUUAACAGAAGUUUAUCAGAACUGAAUCCGACCCUCUCAAUAUUGAAUUAUGUUCUCUAAUUUGGCACUGGACGCUCAUCAAAUCUGGAAAUCAGUCCUCGGCUUUCUAAAUAUGAAAGUUAAUCAUGUCAUGGAUAAUAAUACAGUGUGAAACACUGAGGACAUUCUAGCUGUAGUUCCUCCUCAGCUCACUCGCAAGGCAUUAAUGCUCCUUUGAUUUAUUCCUUUCCGCCUCAUGUUAAACUCCCGCUUGACUUUUGCUGGUCUGAAAAAUAAGUUUUCUUUCGUUGUGUUAAUGCAUGCCAGUUUUUAAACUUCUGUUCAGUUUUGGUCAGCAAUUUUUAUUUUCUUUCCUAAAUCGUUUUCGGUUGGCUUUUCCAUUUCCACAUGAUGGUGAGCAGGUCAGUGAAGGAAAAGGACCAGAGUGGGUGGAUUCUGUCUCAGAAGUUCUGCGUCUGGGAUUUGCACUUCGAGUAAAAUCCCUCAACUAGAUUGAUUCAAUUUGCCUGCGAAGAGCUUUUUGAAAGAGGGUUUGAUAUUUUUUUUUUCCGGUGCACAUUAGCGCGUCCUGUGCGCUGCGGGGAUCUUCGGCCGUCACAGGUGUAUAGUGAGUUCUCUAACAUAGGAAGUUUGUCUCUUCAGUGGGAGCUGUUGCAUUUCAGGUCCGUUGCAGUUCAGAGUCGGGGGGGCGUGCCCAUCCGCACGCUCCUCAACAAAUCAGAGGAAUGCAUUACGAGUAUUAACUUUGCUUUUCCAGACACUCCACGUGGUUGGUGCACUUGGUUGAAAACUAAACGUGAGCUGUUCAGCUGGAACCGCUCGUUUCCCGUAGCAGGGGCGGUCAGUUAAAGGGAAGGCCGGGGAGAUGUUACGCAUAACGAAGGAUUGUUUGAAAAAAAAUAAAUAAAAGUGUGUUGUUGAGGAGCAGGAUCGUUCCCUCUGUUCAUCCUGCAGCGUCGACCCUCGCCGAUUCACUCGGUUACAAAAGAAGAGGCGCUUGUUUUUUUUGGUUUCUUCCCCUGAGCCAGUCACAGCCUUCAUCCACCAUCCUCUCAAAAGGCUGAUUCAUGCCACAUGUCUCUGAAGCCAACACUAUUAUCAGCUGUUUCUUCAUACUUAUUUGUU